GAGUGCUUUUCCCAAACGGGACUGUACCUAGACUCUUCUUUCUUUCCUCCUUCUGCCCUUCUGCCUUCUUCUCCACAGAUUCAUUCCUCGGCGAGCAACCCCCAGUUUGCAUUCUCUUUUCUCUUCCUCCAUUCAUUUUUCUUUCUUUUUCUUCCUUACAUCUGCACAACAACAACAUAGCCGCCAUGACCUCAUCAACUAUUCGGACCGCCUACGUGACCAGAAUCGAGCACUUCUCAGCCGCACACCGACUCAACUCCAUCCACCUGAGUCCGGAAGAGAACCUAGCACUGUACGGCAAAUGCAACCACACCUCAGGGCAUGGUCACAACUACAAAGUCGAAGUGACGAUAAAGGGACAGAUUGACCCAUUGUCUGGUAUGGUCAUCAACAUUACGGACCUUAAGAAGACACUACAAACCGCUGUCAUGGACCCAUGCGACCACCGCAACCUCGACCUGGACGUCCCAUUCUUCAAGCUUAACCCAAGCACGACCGAGAAUUUGGCAGUCUUCCUCUGGCAAAACAUCCAGCAGAACCUCCCGGUUUCAAAAACAUAUGAGUUGUACGAAAUCAAACUGCACGAGACCGACAAGAACGUGGUUGUCUAUCGAGGAGAGUAACCUUCAUUCAAGACAAAUUAUGUUGAGAAUGAUGCCCACCCAUAGACUCUACUCUUUGUACCAUUAAUAAAAAUCCUAGCGCACCGAC